AUCUCAAGUUUCAGGAUGCACAACUCUCAAACCACACCUCAGGGAACAAUUUUAGCACAUAUCCACAUUCUCCAAACUUGUUCCCCCAAGGCAGGAUCAUCCAUCGAGAUAUCUCUGUAAUUGAUAUCGUCUUUUUUCAGUAUUGAUUAGCCAUGGAUAAAUCCUUGAGAACUGCUUUGUUCUCUUGUGUUCUGCUGAUGAUCUCCAUAUGUGUUCCAUCAUCUUUCGCCCAAACUUGCGGGAGCUAUACCUUCUCUACCAAUCAAGUAUUCAGCACGUGCAGUGAUCUUCCUGUGUUGAGUUCUUUUAUCUAUUGGAAUUACCAUCCAUCAAACCAAACUGCUGAUAUUGCGUUUCGCAAAUCUGGAGCAUCCUCUACCAAUUGGUAUGCAUGGUCUCUCAAUCCUAGCGGUCCACAGAUGGCCGGGUCACAGGCUCUUCUGGCUUUCCAUAACUCCAGUGGCCUCCCUACUGCUUAUACCACCCCAAUAAACAACCUCUCCCCGUCGAUGCAACAGGGUGACUUGAGUUUUCAGGUCUCCAAUCUUAAAGCAGAGUAUUCAAAUGGUGAAAUGAUCAUAUUUGCUACUCUGCACCUUACUGCCAGCUUGAUAUCGACCAACCAAGUGUGGCAGGAAGGUACAAUGAGUGGAACUAAUUUUAAUCCUCAUUCCAUGGGUUCAGCUAACAGGGCAUCAGUGGGGACUAUAAAUUUUGCGACUGGAACAACAGUUGCUGGAACUGCCCGAACAAGCAGUAAGAAGAACGUUCAUGGGGUACUAAACGCAGUGAGCUGGGGAGUUCUGAUGCCUAUGGGAAUCAUGAUAGCCAGGUACUUGAAGGUGUUCAAGGUAGCAAAUCCAGCAUGGUUUUACCUACAUGUCGCUUGCCAAUCCUCUGCCUAUGUCAUUGGCGUUGCUGGAUGGGGAACUGGCCUUAAACUCGGCAGCGAUUCCCCAGGAGUCAAGUACAGCAAGCACAGGAACAUUGGCAUAACCCUCUUCUGCUUUGCAACCCUUCAGGUAUUUGCUUUGCUCUUGAGGCCAAAGCCAGAUCACAAAUACAGACUGUACUGGAAUAUCUACCACCAUUCCAUUGGAUAUGCAACUAUCGUUUUGAGCAUCAUCAACAUCUACGAAGGCUUUGACAUUUUGGACCCUGAGAAGAAAUGGAAAAAGAUUUACACUGGAAUUAUUAUAUUUUUGGGGGCCGUCGCGGCUCUCCUCGAGGUUUUCACAUGGAUCAUAGUCAUCAGAAGGAAGAAAACAGUAAGCUCCAACAAGCACGGCAAUGGAACAAAUGGGACUAAUGGAUAUGCUGCUUAGAAGACAGCAGACUCCGUUACAUGAGCGUAGGCCUGUCCUGGUUGGCUUUUUUUUUUUUCUUUUUUUUUUUUUUUUGGGAGAUUCACCUAUAUCUUUGUGGAGGUUAUUUGUGCUAGGGGUAUUUUGGGGGUGAUAUGCGAGUACAGAGACAUUUGUAUUUGGGAUGGGAUGAACUGGCUGUUUUUUUCUUGUUACAUACUGAAAUAUUCAUUGCAUUAUUAAUCGAUUGGAUUCCAAUUAAGAUUUCA